UGUCAGAGUGACGUAGCUGGUUGCUGGGUGUGGGUGAAGAUACACUUUGAUUCAAUGAACUUUGGGUCCUUAAAUUAAUGCAACAAAGCAACAGCGCUUCUUCAUUACUGUCCCGGAUAUUCCGCGGAAAACAUGGCUUUUUAAAUCUCGAGGACCGUCAACUCGCAACACCGUGCUUUGCAUUUGCAACGCACCCCAAAACAACAAUAUUUUCAGCAAGAAUGGAGUCUCAUCAUGCCUACCCAUCUCUGUCCCUCCUGUGUCGUCUCGAAAACUCUGACGCGUUGUGCAUACUCGGCCUUUUGAUUCCAAACAGACGAAAUGAUGGAGACAUCGGUUCCUCUCUGGAAGAGUCUCCUCGUCUGCCCGGUAGACCCCCUCGCUCUCUCUCCCCCACAGGCUAACCACAGCCAAUUGCAGGGGCGGAGGGGGGAGGAGCCAGAGGAGAGCCAGCGCUUAAGUGGUGAUGGUUUCACUGACUGGAUGACGGAAGAAGUUGAUUUUUCUUCUUACCUCCCUACCCCUCAUUCCUCACCCUCUCCUAAUUCCUCCCUUCCCCCAUCACCCCUUCAGCAUGACAUCCAGGUCCCGUCUGACUUGGAGGUCAUGACCUCUCUAUUGCAAGAGGAACUAGCUCAGCUAGAGGAUUACUUCCUGUCCGACUCAGUCCCCGAAAAAGUAGGAAAAUUGGGAAAAUGCGACAAAAUUCCUACAGGAGUGGGCCCCCAAUCAUACUACCAGUUGCCCUAUGCUUCGUACAACUCCAGCCAAUCAGAAUCCAGCCCACUUCUUGUUACCCUGGCAACUGGGGAACUAGACCUGCUGAGCUUCUGCGGCGGCCCUAUUGGCCGACCUAAAACCCCUAGACAUGCCCCUUACAAUUGCAGUCGCCCUAUUAGUAAUGGUCGUAAGAGAGUUUCUGAUGGAAUGAGGGUGGGUCAGGGAUUAGAGAACAGUAUCUGGAGUUCCAAAGGAAAUAACUCAGGUAGCCCAGAGGUAACCAUUAAUGGGAACUACUGCUGUGUUGAUGGUGAGAAAUUUGUUGGAAAGGGAUACUGUCUUGGUGGUGCAGUUGACAUUAGAAAAUGCACCAUUUUGCCGAAGGAGGAAAAAAAUUAUUGCUUCAUGGAAAAUGUUACUGGCGGGGAGAAAAUUUUUGGCGGCUAUGGUUUUAAUGGGCCACUUGAUGUCCCGCACAAGAAGGAGGAUCAGUUGAUGUAUGGUGUAAAGGAGGUUAGUGGUAGCGAUGACAGCAUGGAGAUGGAGACGUUUCAUGAUGGCAAAUGUAGUGAGGUGGCCAAAGCUGUCCCUUGGAAAACUGAGACAGGUGAGGGCUGCUUCCUUCAUACCACGGCAGAGGCCUACCACAGUUUUAUGGGUACGCCAGAUGAGCCCCUGAGAGGAGUCAUGGAGGCAGGGCACCGACACAGUGGCUUCCAUGCCGGGUUCCUGGAGGACCAAAGCUCCAAGUGUCACUCAGGAGGAGAUGGGGAAGGGCUUGAGUUAGGGUCUCCUGGUAGCUUGCAAGCUCCAGGGCUGAAGGAAGAUCCUGGUGCUGUCAAGCCUGAACAUGAUGCUGGUCCAGUGGAAGCCCAAAGUGGCGAGCGCAAGCAGAAAAAAAGAGACCAGAACAAGACCGCUGCUCACAGGUAUCGCCAGCGAAAACGGGCGGAGCUGGACUCCCUUGAGGAGCAGCUGCACGGAUUGGAGGGCCGGAACCGUGAGCUCCGGGACAAGGCGGAGUCGGUCGAACGAGAGAUCCAGUAUGUCAAGGAUCUCCUUAUUGAGGUCUACAAGGCCCGCAGCCAGCGACUCAAACAAGAUAGCAGUGCUUGACCGAACUGGGUUCCACCCUGCUUAUUUUGACGGCGAUUGCAGAUGGAAAAUCAUUAGUUGGAAGGAGGUUGGAAGUUGAUGGCAUUAUGUAGGUUUUUUUCCUCUUUGAUUUGUUAUGGCUAUAAAUUUGAGAGUCAACCAGCUGUGUACUUCCUACUUUUGCACUGUGUACAAUGUGCUGAUUACAUUGUAAAAACAGAAGCUGAUAAUGCCCACCAGCACUGUGAAGCUGUGAUGUUUUAGAAUACCACAAAGUGAACACACCUUUUCUGAACUGGUGGUAAUCAACCAUGAGCAUAUGUAUGAAAGGCGCUACGCAUAAUUUUGCCAGCAGUCAUGUGUCGACUUUAGCCGGCAUGCCUUGAAUUGGAUGGAUUGUGUCCGCUUCUCAUAAUUUUUGUGAAACUUUCUUUGUUUGUGAGGGCUGAGUAACUUUGGAUGUCUUGAGCGACGAUUUUAUGGGCAGCUUUUAAUUGUUGUCUUUUUGAGUUGUCAACAAAUGGUGAAACAGGUAAACUGUGUGUGAAGAAGUCUGGCCCCUCAGGAAAAUUUUAUUGUUGAGGAAAUGCACUCUCCAGGACAGAUCCUUGUUGUUACAUCGUUCCCCAUCGGCAAAAUGACUUUUUGAAGUUGUUCACUCUUACCCCAAGCAGUUUCAGUGGCCAUGUAUGUGAUGCAUGUCUGAAAGCCUAAGCGCAUGCCAGUGUGUUACUCAAGAAUGAAUGUUAGAAACAUAAAUGUCCAUCUCUGCAUUUCUGCAUGGCUUAGCCUACACAACUUUAUAACUGAAUGUUUCUAUGAAUGAUGCUUGCUACUGUGCACAAAUAGAGCAACUACUCCUGAAAAUUAGCCUUAGACUGCUCCCUCUCCAAUAAAUUAAUUCAGAGCAUUUGCUUAGAGGUUCUUCCUUUGACACCACGAUUUAACCCUGCUUCCCCAGUGUUUGUACCUGUUCAAUCUGCGAAUACAAUCUCGGUUGAUGAUUUUAUAAACAAUAUAGCGUGCUUUCACUAGUAUGACUUUUAAAAAUUGUAUUUUGAAGGGAGGAUUUUUUUAGAAGGUGUUCUAAAAACAGUCACUGUUUUUAUAUUUUUUAACUAGAAUGUGUAUGAUAGUUUGUGAUGUUGAUAUUUAGACUU